CAUCUUAAAGCACUGGUUACUUACAGUGUCGCGAUCCUCGAGUAAAGAUCGAACCAACGCUGCCUUCACAGAACAACAGGCGGGAUAAUCUGCCUAAUCGAGAUAUCAACUAGUGUGUGACAACACGACGCAACAUCUUAGCUGAUAAGCCGUUUCAAUUAGGACCUCAUCUAACCAACCGCAGUCAACAUGCCAGGACUAGCAGAUCCCGUUGCGUUCAUUAAGGAUUUCGCCGCCGGUGGUAUUUCGGCGGCCAUCUCCAAGACUGCUGUGGCCCCCAUUGAACGUGUCAAACUGUUGCUGCAGGUCCAGCAUAUCUCGAAGCAGAUCGCCGAAGCCGACCGGUACAAGGGCAUGGUCGAUUGCUUCGUGCGUAUUCCCCGUGAGCAGGGUAUCGGUGCGUACUGGCGUGGUAACAUGGCCAACGUUAUCCGGUACUUCCCGACGCAAGCCCUGAACUUCGCCUUCAAGGAUAAGUACAAGCAGGUCUUCCUGGGUGGUGUCGACAAGAACACCCAGUUCGUCCGUUACUUCAUCGGUAACCUGGCCUCCGGUGGUAUGGCUGGUGCCACCUCGCUGUGCUUCGUAUAUCCACUCGAUUUCGCUCGUACCCGUCUAGCCGCUGAUGUCGGCAAGGCUGGCGGCGAACGUGAGUUCAAGGGUCUUGGUGAUUGCCUUGGAAAGAUCUUCAAAUCUGACGGUAUUGUUGGUCUAUACCGAGGCUUCGGUGUAUCUGUUCAAGGUAUCAUUAUUUACCGCGCCGCCUACUUCGGUUUCUAUGACACCGCUCGUGGUAUGCUGCCUAACCCGAAGACCACUCCAUGGUACGUCAGCUGGGCCAUCGCACAGGUUGUCACGACUGUAGCCGGUAUUGUGUCGUAUCCAUUCGAUACCGUCCGUCGUCGCAUGAUGAUGCAGUCUGGCCGUGCUAAGUCCGAGAUUAUCUACAAGAGCACACUGCACUGCUGGGCCACCAUCGCCAGACAGGAAGGCAGCGGUGCCUUCUUCAAGGGUGCCUUCUCCAACGUACUCCGUGGUACCGGUGGUGCUUUCGUACUGGUACUGUACGACGAAAUCAAAAAGGUCCUGUAAAUCCCGAACACGAACACGGGAUGCGCAGUACACCUUGCUUUUAAUGCGUUUUUUGUUUCUUUCCAUAACUGCCCUCCCUUGCACUGCUCCUUCCUUUCUUGGUCCGUUUUUUUUUUUACAGUUAUAAUUAUUCUAUCUCUCUCUAACCGUUCGACCGGUUUGUUAAGUGACAAAUCAAAUUAGCAGUUGUGUUCGGAAAAACACGUGUCAUAUGUAUUUGUAGACAGUCAGUGACUACCAAAGUGAUGCAGCAGAUAACAGAAUGUACGAAACGUAAUACCUUAAGUCCGAAAAGCCCGAGAGAGCUUUCGAAACUGAGAUAAAUAAAUCGAAAAAUGAAACAUGAAA